AUGGUAUCAGUAGUUCAGGAUAUGAUCCUGUCUUGCUUCCACCGCGCCCUAACUUUUCUUCUUCUCCUUCUAGCCACCAUUUCUCUUCUGACGUCAGCCACCAUAACUGACUCCAACAAAUUCCACCAAACUCUUGUUGUCUCCAACAUCAAGAAUCAUAUCUCCAUCACCCUGGAGAUGAAAAACGUCCAAUAUGUGAGAUGGGUGAAACUGUUCAAGAUUCAUGCACCUUCUCACAAGGUCCUCCACCACAUCGUCCCACUAGAGAAAUGCAAGGAGAAGGUGCCUAAAAUCGAUGAAGAAAAGGACUUGUGGUCGACCCUUGAUGUUGCAGUCCUUCAAUGGAUCUAUGCAACAAUCUCACAUGACCUGUUGCAUACUAUUCUUGAACCCGACGCAACGAUAAUGGAGGCGUGUAAUAAGUUGCGUGAUAUAUUCCAAGACAAUAAGAAUUCUCGGGCUAUAACUCUUAAGCAAGAAUUCUCCCAUACCAACACGUAG